UGAAACAGUGAGCAAGUGUGAGAAAGCAGCUGGGUGGGACAGGGCGUACCCGGUGCAACCUGAGCCUGGGUUUGUUUACCAGCUCCAACCAGGGGAGGGAAGUAUCACCCUGUAGGGACAGCAGCUAAAGCCCAAACAGAGCCCAUCCCAGCCCCGCGGCUCCUCCCUUCGCACAACAGGUCUGUGCAGAGCCCAGUGAGUCACUGCAGACACAAGGUGCGGCUCCUGGACUUCUUGUAGUCAGUUUAGUCUGGGAGAAGUGCACAAUCCCGAGCCUAGCACUGAGUGCGGACACUGCUCUGAAAGGAAACCACAUAGACCUGCGUCAUGUUUAAGUGCGGCAUUGCCUACCCCAGGUGCAAAUGGAUCCUGCCAUUACUACUGCUCUGCGCCCUGAUCUUCGACAUCAUAGCCCUGGCAGGCAACGGAUGGGUGGAGACGGACAGCGGCCGGAUUUAUGCCUCUUUGUGGCAGAAUUGUGAAUCCGCGGGGGGUAACAGCUAUUCGUGCAAAUCUCUAAUGGACUAUGGUAAGAACAAUGGGGCAGGGUGUGUGCGGUACGUCCACUUUAUUGCUGGCAACUAUGUAUCUUCAUAGAACUCCGUGGAAUUCUACGCGUUCUGUGAUACCUUUUAAACCCUCACUCAUCUGUGUAAUGCGAAGCCAGGGUGGGGGGAAGUCCACACUUGGUAAAAGGAAUUUCGCGUUUAGACAUUUCUAGAUUGAAUAUUUAGAUUGUAAGCUCUGGUGGCUAGGUUUACUUCCCAUGCUGAGUUUUCAUGGCUGCCAGUGUCCCUGUCAUUUUAUAAGUUUAAUAUUAACAUUAGUCCUUUACUAAUUGUGUACGAUGAGGAGUGUGUGUGUGUGUGUGUAAUAAAUAAAUAAAUAUAUAUAUAUAUAUAUAUAUAUAUAUAUAUAUAUAUAUAUAUAUAUAUAUAAUUACACUUUUUUUUUUUCUUUUCUUAGUUGUGGUAUGAUGAGGAUUACUCCAAUGUUGGUGUGAUAAAGAAAUGAUCAGAGUGCAGUGAUAUGCAUUUAGCUUGAUGCUGAUGUAAAUAGGAUGGGCUCUAGAUUGCAGUCUGUAAUUCUGAUUUUGGGAAUUGUCCAGGUUAUGAAUUUGGGAUGUAGCCAGCUGAAGAGGCUGGCUAUUUUGAUAUGAAAGUAAAACUGCAAACAAAUGUUAGCAGAGUUUAGCUAGAUUAUAUACACACAUUUGGUAAUUAUUUAUAAUGAAAUUCUCUGGGGUUAUUUAUUUAAAGUGAACUUUAAAUUUUGAGGUAAAAAUAGCCAAACUGGAAAAAAAAUCAGAAGUCCAGUAUACUGUAGUUAGAUUCAUGGCCUUAAAUUUAAAAUUCACUUUUAAGUCUCACUUUAGUAGUGUCAGGAUGUUUAAAGUGCAUUCACCUUAAUUCUGUCAUGCAGUGGUACAUAGGUUUCUGGGAACUUUAUAUAGUCAUUGCAUGCCCUUCUUUUUUUUUUUUUUUGCCAUGCCUAGGUGAAUUGUAAAAACCGGAUUUAUAUUUUUUCCCCUUUUCUUUACUGAUAGUUUCUAAGUAUAGGUCAAAGAUCGGUUUAACAUUGGGCAAGGCAGGAGAACUUAGACAAACAUUAACUUGUGCUUCCUGCAACAUGUGGGAAGUGUAUUCAAACAACUUUCACAGACAGGCCUUGAUACAUUAAAACAGAAUGGCUGUCUUGUACCUAAUUUCAGAAUAGCAGUGUUGGUACUUGGCACUAAAUUAUCAACUGGCUAGCCUGCUUGUGGAGGAAUGCAUAGCAUCAUUAUUUUAAUUUAUAAUCUGUCCAAAUAUGCUUAAGUGCUCCACAGGUGUGCUAAUUUCAAAAGUUCUAUGCAAAAGAGAAUGGAUUAAUUCCAGAUCAGUGAUUUGAGCUGAUAUGAACAAAUGUUACUUUUAUUAAAAAAUAUAUUUUUAAGUACACUUAAAGCAAACUAACAAAUUGCAUAUCUAUAAUUAAUAUUUUUUUUAUUUUUAUAGGAGAUGUAAUUUUAUAGCAAGAUUGCUGGCACAUUCAUUUAAUUAAUUUGUUUCCCUAAAUAUUUUAUUUAUAGCUCACUAGCCUAGUGAAUUUCUCUAAAUACUGUAGUUCACUAACCGGUGAAAUUUGUUGAUGCUUUGGAAUUGCCAGUCAUAAUAAUGGCAUUAAUGUAUCAGUGAAGAUUACAAAUACAGAAUCAAGCGGCUGCAAAGCUUGUAGUCGUACCAUCUCCACAUGGUGUAGUGGCAGCACACAUUUUAUAUUGCACACCAGGAAUUGUGGGAUGCUGCAUGUUUUAUUAGGGACAGAGGAUUUGUAUAUCUAUUCCUUGUAACAAUGUGCUGCAGGAGAUGAAAGUGAGAUGUGUGUUUGUCUAUCUCUUCCUCCAGGUUUUUUCCAGUUAUUUGACUGCCUGCUGUGAUCUAAUGAACAGAUAAUUUUUUUCAUUGUGUACAAAAAAAUAAAAGUAAAUCACAAGAGGUCCAACACAUGUUGUGUUUUUUUUUUUUUAAUUAUAGUGAUGGCCAGAAAGUACUUUCAGAGUAAUUCUACAACUACCUCUCCCAUGUAGUUUUGCACAGCAUCCUUGUCUUUUCAUGGACAGCCUACUUUAUGUGACAUGGGAGACAAUUGGGGCACAUUGCCGAAAUUCUUUCAAAGAACUGGCUGGACAGUCACAUUUGGUCUGUACACUGUGUAGCUACAGGGUCUUGUAUAUUUUCUUGGCAAAUUUGAAGUAUAUUUGCAUAGGAUGUAUACAAAUGGGUGUUUUUUGUUUGUUUGUUUUUCUACCUAUUUUUAGACAACCUCAAAAUAUUUCAUAUUGAGCUGUGUAAUUUAUUGCAUAUGUUUCCAAGGAACUAAGUCAAUUAGUUCUGAUGUAUUGUCCACUCCCUCACAUAGUUUCUGGCCUGUUACAUUUUUAGCAUUCCUGAAAGAUAAUCAUUCUUCUGAGAUCCAGUGUCUUGUGCGAAAUGUGUUUAGUAAGCAAACAAGCCCUGUGCAACCGGAGAUAUAUAUAUAUAUUUUGGUUAAACCCCAAAUCCUUCAGGAGGAGAUAUUUGUCUCUUUAUUGAGAUGCAUGCUUUUGAUAUGUACUUUUGUGUUUCAUGUGAAGGAGUUUUUAAUCAUUAAACUUGUGAAAAUAGGCAAGGCGAGAACAUGUUUAAGGCCAAAAUAUCCAAAUUGUAAAUACGCAGAUCUCAUUUUUUUUUUUUUAUCACCACUAAAUUUGUAAUUUCCUUUACAUUUUUUUUAUCACAAUAGUUUUAGUGAAUGAUUACUAAUUUAAAGAUAGAUGUAACCUUCUUUUUCUUUCCACUUCUUUCUCAAAUGAAUAGCCCUCCCCUUUAAAUAUAAUUAUCUGCCGAACGACUGUUUUAAUUAUGGUAUCAAUAAAGCAGAAAAGGAGCCAUUAACAGACUUGCUAAAUAGCAGAAAUACUUGGUUUUGCUAACACCAACAUAAUAUCCAAAUAACAAAAAGGUCCAGUACAUCGGUACCUUUGACCCACACUCUAAUAUAUUGGGAAACAGCACACAAAAGAGCCAAAUAUUUCAACCCCUCCUUUUUUUAUUUUUUUAUUAUAUUAGUUGAAAUAUACCCCUGCCUGGGUCAAAAUGUUGCCUCUUUUGUGUUCUGUUGCCCAAUAAUUUGAAAUGCUGACCACUGGAAAAGUACUGGACCUUUUUGUUUUAAUUAUUUCAUGAAAUUAAAGGAACACUAUAGUCUCCUAAAUUACUUUAGCUAAAUAAAGCAGUUUUAGUGUAUAGAUCAUUCCCCUGCAAUUUCACUGCUCAAUUCACUGUCAUUUAGGAGUUAAAUCACUUUGUUUCUGUUUAUGCAGCCCUAGCCACACCUCCCCUGGCUAUGAUUGACAGAGCCUGCAUGAAAAAAAAACUGGUUUCACUUUCAAACAGAUGUAAUUUACCUUAAAUAAUUGUAUCUCAAUCUCUUAAUUGAACUUUAAUCACAUACAGGAGGCUCUUGCAGGGUCUAGCAAGCUAUUAACAUAGCAGGGGAUAAGAAAAUCUUAAUUAAACAGAACUUGCAAUAAAGAAAGCCUAAAUAGGACUCUCUUUACAGGAAGUGUUUAUGGAAGGCUGUGCAAGUCACAUGCAGGGAGGUGUGACUAGGAUUCAUAAACAAAGGGAUUUAACUCCUAAAUGGCAGAGGAUUGAGCAGUGAGGCUGCAGGGGCAUGUUCUAUACACCAAAACUGCUUCAUUAAGCUAAAGUUGUUCAGGUGACUACAGUGUCCCUUUAAAUGUAUGUGAAUUUUUUUUUUUUUUUGCACAUGUAGUCCUAAAUACAUUAUGUUCACUUAAAAAGUCCCACUUGGGCAAAAAAACUUGAGAAAUCAUAUGCAAAUUAGCACAGACAAGUGUUUGUUGUGUUUCAGACCUCAUACUAUAGUUAUGCAGGUUGUUUUUAUUUAUUUAUUUAUUCAUGUUAUAACAAAAAUCAACAUAGCUUCUUUAUACAAAAGGACAUAAUACUAUUACAUAACAUUAAAUAUCUAGAACAUCCACAUGUAUUAUAGUAUUCAAUAAGAUAAAUAAAUAUCGACUAUGUAUGAAUAAUAUCUUUCAGCCAUACUUUAUAUGUAGUUUAAUGAUCAUAUAUUGUUGCGAGACUAAUAUAAAGUUCUUCCACAUGUAGGUGUCCCAUUUGAGUACAGGAACAAUAUUCCAACGCUUCUUCAGCCAUAUAGUUAUUAUAAUUCCAUACAUAAUCACUAUUCCAAUAAAACAAACUAAAAAAGUUAAUUAACAAAAGACCCCCCCAAAAAAAAAAAAAACUCAACACAGGAGCACAAAUAACACAAUCUUUGUUAACUUACAGUGUAUCUGUUUGUCCAGGGUAACCAUGAUUUGACCGAGUUCCUGUUACCGAAAAAGGGAUUAGAUUCCAUCCUAUAUUGAUAUUCUAUUUGUUCCAUAAUACUAUGCCAAGAUAAAGGGAUGGUGAGAGUGGUAGGGGUAUUGGUAAUAUCCCAAUAGGCCAUGAUAAAUAGAGUAGUGUGUUUUAAAAAAAAUAAAAAAAAAAAAAUAAAAAAAAGGUUGAAAACAGUUUGCUUCUUGACCAGCUUAAUUUACACACAUUUCUUCCUUCUUCAACUCACCCAUUAUGCUCCAGACACCAUUUCAGAUCGUGGAUUCUACUAAUACAGCAGAGGUCUCCACCAUGGGAUCUGUUUGGACUCUGGAAUCCCCAGAUUUACUAGGUUAUUGCUGACAGGCCACUCAUUGGAUGCCUUUAUCGCAAAGGUUAUUUACUAAAGUGAACUUUACCAGUUCAGCUACUCUUGCCUUAAAUUUGAAAUCCAGUUUGAAUUUUCACUUUAGUGAAUAAGCCUGUUAAUUUUACCUAGUUUUUUAUUUUUUAAAUAUAUAAAAUAAUGGUUAAAGGGUUACUCGAAUAAUUUUUAAAUGCAUUGUUUUGUGUAUUGCUAUUUAGUUCCCACCAAUUAAGAUGUAAAAAAAAUAAAAAAUUAAACUUGUCUGGAAUUCAGCACAGACAAAGCUCCCCGCACUGGACAGCACAACUGUCAUCAUCACAGCUGCCCACUCAUGAUCCAAAUAAGUGCUUCUAACUGCAUCUGAUUGAACCAUUCUACAUGUGCAUAGUGCAUGUGCAUGUUCUGAGCCAGGAUAAAAAGGGGAAAAGAAAACAAAUCAAUUGCUAUGCUCAUGGCUUCCCUCUGCAGGCAGCACUGCAAGGGGAGAAGCUAAUUACAUCCAAUGUCAUAAGAGACGUCUUUAAAGGGAUACUACAGGCACCCUGACCACUUCAUGUCAUUGAAGUGGUCUGUGUGCAAGGUCCCUGUCCCCCUUAGCCCUGCAGAGAAACUAAUACUGUCUCUAGUGGCUGUCUGCUAGGCAGCCACUGGAGGCGCUUCCUGCUAUUUCACACUUUGUCACUUUUCUUAAAAUUCCCAUAAGAAAGCAUUGUAUUAAUGCUUUACUAUAUUAAAGGCCUAAUCUGCUCGUUGCACAUGUGCAUUAGGUUUCUCCGUGAAUCUAACGUGGUGAGAGACGAAGCGUUGAGUGUGUGGAUAGAUUACUACUAGAUGGUACAAGUUUCUAUUACUCCUGCUGGUUUAUUUGAUACAAGAUUUCCACAGAGGACUGUAGUGCACUUUCCUUUCCUUAUAAGGGUUACUCAGGUACGCUGGUGUGGUGUACUGCCUACAUGUUUAUAUUGUUGCUUAGACUUAAAAUCAAUUUUUGUUUCAUAUUGGUAUAACAUUAACCUAUGACUUACCUGUGUAGACUUUUUUUUUUGUUCAUGUCUAUGAAGUAUUGCUCAGCAUGUUAAAAACAAUUGCUUAUAAGACAAGUUGCUACAUAAAAGAUGGUGUUCAUUUCUUUGUAUUAUUUUACACUUUUUAACAAAUAGCCAUUCUUGUUCACGUGAUUUUAAACUUUUGUAGCAUUCUUUACUGACUGCUGUGUGAAUGUACAUGUAUUCUUCUCAGAAAAUGUAUCUAAUCCAGAAGCUCUCAAUUCUCCACUUAUCGCUGCAUUUAUAUUUAAUCGCUCAUAUUACAAUGCAGCACAGGUUUCUGCAUGCCAGGGAUGGAAUUAAAGACGCCAGAACCGCACCUAGCCCUAUAGUCAAAGCAGUAUUUCGAAACCUCUCCACCCAUUAUUUUAGGAACAAGUCAUGUGUCAAUGAUGGCAUUAGAUUAAUAUAUGAAACACUUGGCCAAACAAAGCCUUCAUCAGCAAAAUAAAUAAUGCAAUGGGACUAUUAUUAUUUGGACAAAGCUAGACGCUAUAAAUGAGUCAGUAUAUUUAUGGAACACACCUGAGGAAGAGACCAAAUUGGCCUUAAAAACUUGAGCUCUACAGCUUUGUGGUUAUUCUAACUAAAAGGUAUUAUGCUUGCACUGUCUGAUCUCACUAACGAGCAGGACAACAUGCAUAGCUAAAUGCCUACUUCAAUAAUUAAAGAGCUACUCUAACUUGGAAAAAAUAAGAAACAAAAUCUACCAGCAAGUGUGUCUUGAUUUAGAAAGUUAUUGAAGUUAGUGUCAAGGUUGAAACUUAACUUUUAAUAUCAUUUGAGAAUAAAAUUUGAAUAAAACAAAGUAUUCAGUCCUUCUUGUAUUCAAUGAUAGGUAAUGAAUAACUGUAAAUUAUCGGUGAACAAGUAGGUAUACUAUUAUUUAGACACUGAUAAAAAUAAGUUAGAGUUAAGGCAAAGAAAGAGGGAGGAAGGAGGUGCUGUUUAACUAGUUCCUAUAUCAGUAAGAGUCUAAUGUGCCUUCGUGGGCAUCCCUUAAAGGACCACUAUAGUGCCAGGAAAACAUACUCGUUUUCCUGGCACUAUAGUGCCCUGAGGGUGCCCCCACCCUCAGGGUCCCCCUCCCGCCCGGCUCUGGAAGGGGAAAGGGGUUAAAACUUACCUUUUUCCAGCGCUGGGCGGAGAGCUCUCCUCCCCGUCGGCUGAAUGCGCACGCGCGGCAAGAGCUGCGCGCGCAUUCAGCCGGUCGCAUAGGAAAGCAUUCAUAAUGCUUUCCUAUGGACGCUGGCGUGCUCUCACUGUGAAAAUCACAGUGAGAAGCACGCAAGCGCCUCUAGUGGCUGUCAAUGAGACAGCCACUAGAGGAAAUAGGGGGAAGGCUUAACCCAUUCAUAAACAUAGCAGUUUCUCUGAAACUGCUAUGUUUAUAAAAAAAAAUGGGUUAACCCUAGCUGGACCAGGCACCCAGACCACUUCAUUAAGCUGAAGUGGUCUGGGUGCCUAGAGUGGUCCUUUAAAAAAGCCUGCUCUGGCACCAAGCCACCCGCUACUGUUGCAAGUAAAGAAAUCAGAGUAACGAAAUGUAACAAGAGCUUAACAUCCAAUCAAAGGAUGCCUAUUCAUUGAAUGAAAGUUCUGACGUUGUAAGAUUUGCGGCAGUGAUUCUUCAUACCUAAGGUAUGCCUAAUAGGCGUCCUGAGCGAAGAAAUGAGCACCAUCUUCUAUGUAGCAACUUGCCCUUAAAGCAAAUGUUUUUAACAUGCUGAGCAAUACUUCAUAGACCUGAACAAAGAAAAGUCUACACAGGUAAGUCAUAGGUUAAUGUCAUACCAAUAUGUAACAAAUAUAUUUUAAGCUUCAAGUCUGAGUGGUAAUGCUUUUGUCUUCUGCAACCAAAUACAUUCUGGUACACAGCUUUCCAGCCAUUGCUUGUUAUUAUGGAUUGCAUGACUUGCUAUUGUGUCUUUCAUAACAUAAGUGUCUCCAUAACACUUCAAUACUGUGUAUGUAGCAAACUUCAGUAAUGCACACACCUGCUAAUGAAUGUUUAGCCUUUCCUAACCUCUCCAUGACUUUUUUUUUCAAAUUCUAUUAACAAAAUAAGGAUGAUUCUGAUGUUUGUUUAUUGUAUAUUCCUUCUUGUUGAGAGACACUCUGCUAUUCACAUUUUUCAUAUCAUCUCCACUCCUCUGCCUGUUGACCUCAUGAUCUGAAUUCCUCAAUGAAGGGAAGACUUAAAGAACCACUAUAGGCACCCAGACCUCUUCAGAUCAAUGAAAUGAUCUGGGUGCCAGGUCCCCCUAGUUUUACCCCUGCAGCUGAAAACAUAGCAGUUUCAGAGAAACUGCUAUAUGUACACUGAGGGUUAAUACAGCCACUAGAGGCUGCCUCACUGACCGCCACUAGAGGCUGCUUCUGCGAUUCUCACUAUGAAAAUCAGUUAGAAGACGCUGAUGUCCAUAGGAAAGCAUUAAGUAAUACUUUCCUAUUGGUGGUUUGAAUGCGUCUGCAGCUCUUGCCGUGCAUGCACAUUCGGCGCUAACGUCGGCAGGAGGAGAGGUCACCGGCGCUGAGGGAGCCAGGCGCUUGAGAAAAUUUAAGUGGCUUUAACCCCUUCAGCCCAGAGGGAGGGGGGGCCAUGAGGGUGGGGGAGACCUAAUAACCCUAUAGUGCCAAACUAGUUUGUUUUCCUGGCACUAUAGUGGUCCUUUAAAUAUUGACUACAAAUCACUUUACUAGUGGAAGUGUGCUUAUCUGCAACACAUCCUAGAUAAUACCACUGCUAAGUUGUUUGCCAUUACAAUGUAAUAUUUUUCACACAUUUGUGUGCUCUAAUAAAUAUUUCACUAAGGUGUCAAUUACAGCCUUUCAUUAAUGGGCUAGUAUAGUUUAACACUAUAGCCAUUGUAUUUAUAAGGUGUUAUUUCAUUUUUUUUUUUUUCCAAUAGUACUAUUUUCCUUUUAAGUCCUGGUUGGACUUUCUUUUUAUUAAAAGUUAAGUCUUAUAUGUGUGGUUUUUUACCCUUAUAGUAUUCCAUCUUCAGUACCCAAGUGUUGCAUUUUGUUCUUGUUUAAUUGUUAUCCACAGGGAUUAUCCCCCACCUGGGAGGUUUGCACAGGCUCCAGUUCUCCCCUUCCUGUCUCUCUUCUUUUCUUUCAAGUGUAAAAUCUUCACUUGGGCAGUUGCGGGCUUUAACCCGGUUAUAGGUUUGUUCCACUCUAAUUUAAGAGUUUCUCUUCAAGUGCCCCUUUACAUAUUAUAUAUUAUUUUUAAAGCACAGGGCUUUCAUUUAACAUUCUAUAGGUAUACCUAACACAACAUAACGUGUGAGUAAAAUGGGGAGUAGGGAGGGGGAAAACAUUUCACAUUUUUGUUCAUCCUUUUUACACAUCCAGUGCAAUUCAUUUUCAUGGACUCAAGAUACUGGCUAUCGGGCAUACCGGGCAAAUGCCCGGUGGGCAGUGAUGACCAUGGGCCGAAGCCGACCAGGGCCAAGAUAUCCCUUGCCGGCCCAUACAGAGCCCGCGCUAUCAGAGCGCCAGCCCUGCUGUGUGCCUUCAUGGGCCUGUGGGGAGAUCAAAGAUCUCCCUCAUUGGCCCACAGGCACUUUACAGGACAGCAGGCGCGGGAGGAAGGGAGAGCGCGGAGGACCCGGGAGCUAUUGGCUCACAGCUCCGCCAUGUUCCUCUCGCAAGGUUGAAGCAUUGGCAUGGCAAUGCUCUGAUCUCGUGAGGGUGAACUCCAGGAGCUGUGAACCCACUCACCACUAUGGCCACAAUGGAUUUCCCACCCCAGACCACCACGGCUGGCAGCAAAGUUCCCCCCCUCCCCCAGGCAAAGGUAAGGAGGGAUGGAGGCUAUAAGCUAGAUUUAAAAAAAAAAAAAAAAAAUACACUUUUUUUCACUCUCUACAGCACCUAGCCACACACAUUACAACACAACUAAAACAGACCUAUUUACACAAAACACCACAAUUAGCUCACUCUACACACACACACACACACACAAUCCCACAAGUAGGCUCAAAACACCUGCACAAUGCCCUUUUGUUCUAUGGUAUCCUGCUUCUGGAGACACCAGAGACAAGUCACAAACACACACAGCGCAAGCAUGUUAAUACAUUUACUUGCGCUGCUCAGAACAAAUACAGGGCCUUUUUCUCAAGUGAGAGCUCUUCACCAUGGCUCUGCACAUGGGAUGCCCUGGAAGAGCAUUAAACCAACAUGCCCACUUUGAGAGGGGGCAUGCUUGUCAUUGGUAAUGACAAAACACACCCCUCUCUGGCCUCGCCCCCUUCUCAGUGGGCCGCUGGAUUUUAUUCCCCAGUCCGGCCGUCUGUGUAUGUGUGUGUGUAUGAUUUGUAUAUCUAUAUACUGUAUGUAUAACUACAAUAAUAAAUAAUUAUAUCAUUACAUAUAUAAUUUAUUUUAUAUUUUUCAAUUUCAUUCUAACUCUAUUUUGAUAUUGGGGUGUGUGUGUGUGAGAUAACACAAAAUACACUUAGCAUGACAUUCUAUUAAUACAAAUAUUUGCAACUAUAUAUAAUUACAUAUAUAUGGGAGAAAAAAGUGAGAAAUUGGCGCUUAUCGUAUUAUAAAGUCGUAUUAUAAAGUACUGCUGCGAGAAACCACCGUGAAAUCAACCACAAUUAUAAGUGUUCAAAACAGUAAAUUGUAUUACAACUAUGUCAGUGAAACUGAUGUUUUUUUGCAUUUUUCAUACACAAAUGGCACUUUCACUGACCAUUCUGAAAAAGAAAACGUGCUAUAUUUGACCCUGUAACUCUCCAAAACACCAUAACACCUGUUUAUGGGGGUACAGUUGUUCUUGUAAGACAUCGCUGAAUACAAAUGUGAAUGUCGUUCACAGCUAAAAAAAAGAAAAAGAAAAAAAAAAAAGGCACGCAAAACAAAAAAUUUAAAAAAAUCUUAAUCUCACACUUUUUUAGAUUUUAUUCAUAAUAAAUUAUAUAUAUGAAGUUAAUGUGAAAUGAAAUUGCUUUUUUCCCUGAACAAAUUGAUAAUUUAUAAGCAGUGUGGGUGCAUUUAAAGGGACAAUUCAGGCACCCAGACCACUUAUGCCCAUUGGAGUGGUCUGGGUGCCAACUCCCACUACCCUUAACCCUGAAGUGUAAUUAUUGCCGUUUUCAUAAACUGCAAUAAUUACAUUGCAGGAUUACCUCCUCCUCUAGUGGCUGUCUGCUAGAAAGCCACUAGAGGGCAUUUCUGGGAUUCUAGCACAGGUUUUCUGUGCUAUAGCAUCGCUGGACGUCCUCACGCGCAUUAGGUCUCCCCCGCCGGCAGGCGUGAUCGGUUUCCCCCGCUGGAUGACGUGAUGGAGCAUGGGCGGACCCAGAAGCAGCGCCGAGGGACAUCGGUUCUGACCCCUUCAGCAGCCGGGGAUGGGAGGUGGGAGGGAGAGGGGACCUGCAGUGCCAGGAAAAUGAUUUGUCUUCCUGGCACUGGAGUGUCCCUUUAAUAUGAAAGAGGUGAAUUACGGUUUAACAGACAUAGUCAAAUUCCAGGUUUUGUUUGUUUUGAUCAGAACGUGUAUAAUUGACUAUGUCCUUAGGGGGUUAAACAGGCAAUGAAAUUAAUCAUAUCUCUUGAAUGGAUCUAGUUUAGCCAUUUCCUUUGUUUACAAAGUAGUUGAAAGAAAAUCCUGUAAUCUUUAAGUGUCUCUAUAUAGUAUUCUUAGCCCUCUCUAUUACAUCUUUAAAGAUGAACUGCUACUUAUCUGGAAGUGGAAGUUCUAUGUUUUGUUCCCCAGUAAAUGUUAAUGCAGCGUUUACAUGGGUGAAUUUGCAGCGGAGUGGUAUGUACUAAAACAAGCUUACCUCGGCUGCAUUUCUGCAAAAUUAUUGUCCAAUGAUACCUUUUGAUGCUCUCAUGCACACCUGCUCUGGUAUCUACCCUUAAAUGCAAUGCAGGCAUGUACACUUAUGCAUAGUGAAUGUAUGUCUGUAUAAUUUUAUUUUAUUUAAAAUAUAAAACAUAUUUUUUCAAACUUAUUUUUAGUCUGGGUUUAGAUAUGAAUUGUGUUGAAUACUGUAGUCACUUUUUAUUCUUUAAUUGCAUUCUUUAAUCGUUAUUGGUGGAGUCUGUCUAAACUUUUAAUUUACUGUAAACUUGUUAGCUGUUAUACGCAAUUACAUGGCUCUAGACUAUGUGUGUUGGGGUUGGGGGGCAGCUUUGUCUAAACGGAAAAUGUUAGGCGUGAAUCCAAAUGAUCUCUCUUUAACAUAAAUGUAGCACCCGUUUUAGAUUUUUUUGUUUGUUUUGUUUAUGCAAACGUUUGUAAUAAUGAAAGUGAAAGUAGUGUUAAACAUUUAAAAAAAAAAUACAAAUAAAAUCUGCUUUCUUUAAGUAUGUUGAGCAGUUUUAAACCUUUUUUCUUUUAAUUUUUUUUUAUUUUUAUUUUUUAUUUCAUAAACAAAUUGUUUUUAUUUCCUGGAGACCAAUCUUAAUAUUUAGCGCUCUUCCCUUACAGCAUGGGGCAAGGCAACAGCUGCACUUCUGAUCAUCGGUUUUAUCAUCCUGAUAAUUUGCUUCCUCCUCUCCUUUGUUGCACUGUGUUCACCACGAAUUUCUUUGCUGAGGGUAAUUGGAGGUCUUCUCAUUCUGGCUGGUAAGUCUAAACAUGAUUAUCUAAAUAUGCAGAAUUUAAAGAGGCAUAUAAUCCAUUACUGUUAAUCUUAUUGUGUCAAUAAUCUUGUGUUGACCUAUUGCAAAUGAUGAUAAAAAUGCCCUAAUGCAACUGUACUAAAAUUAGACAGGCUUUGAGAAAUAUUAGGCUGACGGGUGUACAUUGGUAGUUUGUUUUUUUUAUGGUGAUGGAGUUACUGUCCUACAUUUUAACCACAUUGUAUAUGGCAACCUAAAACCCCAGCUCUCAGACCAUAUGCAGAGAGAUCUUAGAAAAUGUAACAAUAACCUUCUUCCAUAUUCCCUACAAGUACAUACUGCCACACCAUUGAAGUAAUUGAUCAAGUGAUAAAGUUAUGUAUAGGAGGUAUCGUAAUGUCAGUUGGGCAUUUACAUACUCUGAAACACUGGUGUCUGACUCAUUUCUAUGUUGUUAGAAACACAAUGACCUUUGAAUUUCAAACUUUGAAUAUAUUUUUUUUCUUUAUAUAUUAAGUAGUCAUUGAUUUUAGUGACUUAUUUUUUUUUUGUCAUUGAAAAUCAGAAGGUUUACGAUGUUACUUGGGCUUAACCGUUAAAUUAGAAACUUUGUUCUAACAUCUGCACAAAGCCCAAUAAUUGCAACUGGAACUAAAUUCUAAGAGGAUCAAUGGCUGGUUUGUAAUGACGCUGGUUUGUAAUUUGUUUUGCGAGGAUGCUAUUAUUUAAUUAAUUUACCACUUGUAUAUGUCUUCAGUUAUUUUGCAGGUGAUUGCACUGGUUAUCUACCCUUCCAUGUACACAAAUGAUGUGGCCACUAACUUUGAAAACUAUCUCUACAGCUGGACCUAUGGCUUUGGAUGGGGAAGUACAAUUAUUAUGUUUGGUUGUGCAAUAUUCUUCUGCUGUCUGCCCAACUAUGAAGAUGAAUUGCUGGGCAAUGUGAAGACCAAAUAUUUCUACACAUCAUCUUAAAUCUAAGGACACUAUUUAGACUUCUAGACAAGGAGCAAGAGACUAAACGUUUAUUUUUCCUUUUUUUUGUUGUUGUUGUAAUAAAACAUACAACGUUGCCAUUCUACUGAGCUGCUUUUCUGCCCUUAAUUUAGCCACAGGGUGUCUUUGCUAUGCUUUUCAUCCUAACACAAUGUUUUCUUUGCAACAUGUCUUACAUUUUAACAAAUCCAUUUUCUUUAACUGGUAUUUUUAUAGAUUUCAUAAAAGAAAAUAAUUGGCUGGAAACCUAAUAGACUGGUCUUGGCAUGUAUCUAUAGUAUAAUGCAGAAAUAUAAAGUCACUAAUGUGUACAUUAUACAUUAAAGCUGUAGUAUUAACAAACAGAAAGACUGUUAAUAUGUACAUUGCUAUUUUAAAGCUAUAGUAAAUGUAUUUUGGACUCAGAUUUGAUGCCCUGUUUAUUUGUAAAUUUAAAGUAUUUUGUAGUAAUGCUUGCCAAGACAUUGUUACUGUUAUUUUAGGUGCAUAUUAUGUCCACAGUUUUUAAAUGUAUUGUGAUAUACAUAUAUAUUUUUUGUUUAUUAUAAGUAUGACUCUGUAAAAUAUAUACAUUUUUACUUUUUUGGGGUUUUUUUGUUAAACCCAGACAAAAUAAUAUUAAAUUGUAUUCAUGAAGAGUUGUUAACCAGACUCCAAUUUCUUUUUCUUGCAAUUUAAUCUGCAGGCAAACCUGAGGCUAAAAUAGCUAGAUUGUAACUAUGGCUUUUUGUAGAUCUGCUAUUUUUGCCUCAGUUUUUUUCCAUUGUGAUAUAAUUUGCAAAUAUUCUGAGUUUAGUGAAUAGCCCUAACAAUAAUUGUAAAACAAUUUGUUUGUUUUUUUUUUUUGCUUUUUAAUCUAUUAUUUUAAAGAGUAGAGCAUGUUUAAUUUACUUUAUGGCACAACAAAGUUUUCACUACAGGUUAGCUUUAAAACAAAAUAAAUGGAUAUUUUAAAAAUAAUCUAGUUGGUGUUUUUUUUUUGUCCC